UACUUACAUAACAAACUUGAGAUUACCCAAACAGUUGGACCAUAAUUGAAGUGGAUAAAACAUUUGCGGCCAUCCAUUCACUUGGUUCCUCGUAUGUAUUAUUAGUAUGCUCCAACAACUCAAAAUCCAAGAUCAUGCAAGAUCAUGCAAAGUAUACAUGGUUGUUGGUUGAUGAGAUCACUUUCUUUCUUUUUUUCCAUCUUAUAAAUACAUAUGACAUAAUUUAGGGAUGUUGUGUAGUUAAAUUAGCUAGAAAUAAACACUUAAAUACACACACAAACAUCUUAUGUUCUUGAAAACAUUUCUCUUUGAAAACGCCAAGGCCAUGGAGAGAACUAUUGAUAAUGAGAUUGUGAUAGUUGGAGGUGGUAUAUGUGGUCUUGCAACAGCCCUAGCUCUUCAUAGGAAGAAAAUAAAAAGUUUGGUGUUAGAAAAAUCAGAUGAGUUGAGAGCAACAGGAGCAGCUAUAAUUGUGCAAGCUAAUGGAUGGCAUGCACUUGAUCAGCUUGGUGUUGCCUCAACACUUAGACAAACUGCCUUUCAAAUACAAGGGGGAAAAUUCAUGUCUCUUAGUGAGGAUGAGCCAAAAGAAGUACCAUUUGGGAUUAAUGGAGAAUUUCGAUGCUUAAAGCGCACGGAUUUGAUCAAAGCCAUGGCUAAUUGUUUGCCACAGGAAACCAUACGCACUGGUUGUCAAGUACUUUCCACAGAAUUAGAUCUGGUAACAAAAUAUCCACAGAUUUUGCUUAGCAAUGGAAGUAUUCUUCGAGCUAAGGUUGUUAUUGGAUGUGAUGGUGUCAAUUCUAUUGUUGCGAAUAUGGUUACGCUACACCCGACAAAGCUCUUGCGUUUCUCUACAUGCGUUGCGCGAGGCUUCACGAAGUAUCAAAAUGGUCAUCAGUUUCCUAGUGAGUUUGUUAUGAUGAGCAGAGGUCAAGUCCAACUUGGAAGGAUCCCAAUGACGGAUAAACUUGUUUACUGGUUUGUAACACGACUCAGCACUUUUCAAGAUUCAAUAAUUUCAAAAGAUUCAGCUCUUAUUAGACAAUCAUUAAUGGAAUCAAUGGAGGGUUUUCCGGUACACGCGAUGGACAUGAUAAGAAAUUGCAAGUUGAGCUCUUUGCAUCUCACUGACUUGAAGUAUCGUCCACCGUGGGAUUUACUUCUUAACAGAUUUAGUAAAGGAACAAUAGUAGUUGCUGGUGACGCGAUGCAUGCUACUGGUCCAUUCGUUGCACAGGGUGGCUCGGCUUCGAUUGAAGAUGCAAUUGUUCUUGCUAGAUGUUUGGCAGAGAAGAUGAGUAAUAAGGAUGCAGAAGUUGAGAGAAAUGUUGUGGAGGAAGCAUUUGAUAAAUAUGCGAAAGAAAGAAGGAUGAGAAUAUUUUGGCUCUCUUUAAAUACUUUUCUUGUUGGUAAAAGACUUGAUACGAAAUCGGGGAUAGUGAGAUCUUUAGUUCUUGCAAUAAUGUUUGUUCUAUUUAGAGAUCCGGACGGCCACUCGCACUAUAAUUGUGGAACUUUGUAAGAAGAUGAAGUUUUAAGUUGUGUAUAAUUGUGGAAUUCUAGAACAAGAAGAAGGUUUAAGUUAUGAAUAAUUGUGGAACUCUAUAACAAGAAGGUUUAAGUUACGUGUAAUUGUUGAACAUCUCUAUUGGAACAGUGUUACUGUAAUCUCUAAUGUGGUAGUGGUGGUUAAGUGUGUUGAUUCAAAAUCAGUAGUUGCUGCUACAAUUGAUCAUAUCAUCCAUGAUUGCAAGGAACUUGUGUCUAAUUUGGAAGGCUCUCAAAUUAUUUAUGAUAAUCGUAGAUUUAAUUCCGAUGUUCAUAAUUUAGUUAAGUAGUCAAAAUAUGUUACUUGUAGAACAUAGUUGGGGCAUUAUUAGCUGUAGAACAUAGUUGUUCCCGAUUCAUCCAAACUCAAAUGUUGUUCUUUUGUUUCCUCUCUAAUGAAUUUGGUUGCACCAUGAAA